CAGCCUGCGUUCGCUCCUCCGGCAGCCAAGGGCGGGCGCAGGUCCCUGAAGGCGCGCGACGGCACAGCGGACAAAAAGAAACUUUGGGGUAUCCGAAGUGCCAGCUGGCGGGGCGAUCGGUUGACUUUUCCUCCGUAAUCUUUAGGAUUAGCCUCUCAAGGAAGCGAGAUGUCGAAGCCUCCUCCCAAACCCGUCAAACCAGGUCAAGUAAAAGUCUUCAGAGCUCUGUAUACCUUUGAACCCAGAACGCCAGAUGAACUGUACUUUGAGGAAGGUGAUAUCAUCUACAUUACUGACAUGAGUGAUACCAAUUGGUGGAAAGGCACCUCCAAAGGCAGGACUGGACUGAUUCCAAGCAACUAUGUGGCUGAGCAGGCAGAAUCCAUUGACAACCCAUUGCACGAAGCAGCAAAAAGAGGCAACUUGAGCUGGUUGAGGGAGUGUUUGGACAACCGAGUGGGUGUUAAUGGCCUGGACAAAGCUGGAAGCACGGCCUUAUACUGGGCUUGUCAUGGAGGUCACAGAGAUAUAGUGGAAGUACUGUUUACUCAGCCGAACAUUGAGCUGAACCAGCAGAACAAAUUGGGAGACACAGCUUUACAUGCCGCUGCCUGGAAGGGUUACGCAGACAUUGUCCAGUUGCUUCUGGCGAAAGGUGCUAGAACAGACUUAAGAAACAACGAGAAGAAGCUGGCCUUCGACAUGGCUACGAAUGCUGCCUGCGCAUCUCUCCUGAAAAAGAAACAGGGAACAGAUGCAGUGCGAACAUUAAGCAAUGCUGAGGACUAUCUUGAUGAUGAAGACUCAGAUUAAUUCCCUUCUGGAGCCUUGAGAUCUAAAACUUCUGUUGCUUUUGCCAUUGCAAAACCUUGUCUUUGCCAGAAGAGUGUUGGUAACUGUUUUAAAAAAAAAAAGAAAGAAAGAAAGAAAGAAAAAGAAAGAAAAAAAGAAUAUAUAUGAAUGUGGCAGUGUGUUGCACUGUGUCUGAGCAGAACUUGUAAAUGCAUACUUCUCACUUUCCGUUUGCCAAUGAGUGACUGGAUACUUUGCUGUAUAAAAUAUCUUUAUGUUCACCAGAAUAGAAUAAGAUUGUUUCUAUUUAUCACAUUAAAGGAAUUUUAAAAAAGAAUUUUUU